UGGGAACAUGUAUGAGUCGGAAGAAGAAGAAGAAGAGAGGUGUUGUUUUGAGAUCUGGACCAAUUCAGAAAUUUUGAUCCGAAUCGUUGAUGGACACUGAGAUCUGAGGAAAGUCAUCGUAGGAUCUGUGAAGGAGGUGGUAAUCAGAUGGAGGAUUUCACAGGCCUUUUAACGAGAGACUUGGGGUUGAAGCCGCAGGGAAAAUCUGCUCCGAUGGCCGGCCCUAAGGCAAACUCGCCCGCGGCUGACUACAGCAGUUUCGCGUCAUCCUACAGCUUCGGGAACGCUUCGGGGAGGAAGAAGUCUGAUUCGUCGCCUGUAUUCGACGAUCUGAGUCGGGAUGGUGAUGAUCCGCUAUUCAACGAUGUCUUUAAAGAUUCACGUUCUCAGCCUCCUCCUCCUCCUAUGCCGUCCUUUGACUACGAUGCUAUGUUCAAGGCACCCAAAUCGCCUGUCUAUGACAAGCCUGUGUAUGACGAUGAUGAUGAUGAUGUGUUUGAAGCUAUCCCUGAUCUUAAAAACCCCCCAUCGAGUUCUCAAUCAACCAGGUUUGAUGACCUUUUCUCUUCCAUUCCAAAGCACAGGAAACAAAACAGUUCUCCCUUGGAUGAUUUGAUUGGGAAUUUGGGGCAACCAGAGGAGAAGGAGAAGGAGAAGGAGAAGGAGAAGGGUAGCUCCUCCGCUUUUGAUGACUUGAUUCCUGGGUUUGGCCGCCCCAGCUCCCCUCCUCCGCCCAAAAAGCCAACUUCAGAGACUGGUCAAUCUCAGAAACCUCCUUCUCGCACACCCAAAACAUCUUCCGAUCCAUUUGUAGUCUUUGAGGGGACCCCUGCCUUCACUGAUCCAUUGGAGGAUAUUGGUAAUUUCAACACCACGAAAACUGAUCCUGGAGGAGUCUUUGUUGAUUUCGAUAGUCUUGCAAAGUCCGAUAUGAAAACUAGUCACUUGAGACCUGCAAACCUCAGUGGCUCUCCUCACUCACCUGGUAAGAAAGUUUCUUUUGAUGAGCCGCACAAUACUUUUUCCACAACUCUUCCUCAGCCUACUUCUCCACUAUAUGAAAACAAAUCACUCCAUUCAGAUGGAAGUUUUGACUCAUCUGAUGAUGUGUGGCUUACUGUUUCUGAGAUCCCCCUUUUUACGCUACCUACAAGUGCUCCCCCACCUUCCAGACCUCCACCACCCAGACCUACACGUCCUAUGAAAAAGAAGGUUAAUGAGCCGACUUCCACUAACAACUCACACGUUCGUACCUCAGCUACAACUUCUGCAAAUACCCCCACAGCUUCUCAAAUGGAUGAUCUCGAUGGUUUUUCUAUGGGAAGAAAUCAUACUGCCCCUAAUGGACUUCCCGGCUCUCCCUCUUGUGAAGAAUCAGAUGUUUUCUCUACUGCUGUUGCAUCAGCUGCCGCCAUGAAGGAUGCCAUGGAUAAAGCAGAAGCCAAGUUUAGGCACGCUAAGGAAAGGAGAGAGAAAGACAAUUUGAGAGCAAGUAGAAGUAGAGAAGGCCAUCCAAUGGAGAAUUAUGAUUCUCAGGAAAGGGAACUUAGAGAAAAGCAAGUGAGAUUGGAUCGUGAAAGGGUAGAGAUGGAGAAAGCCCAGGAAAGGGAAAGAGAGGAGAGGGAGCAGAAAAGAAUUGAGAAAGAAAAGGAAAGGCUGUUGGCUAGACAGGCGGUAGAGAGGGCUACAAGGGAAGCACGCGAAAGAGCAGCCUCUGAGGCACAUGCGAAAGCUCAAAGAGCUGCUGUUGGAAAGGCUACUAGCGAUGCCCGAGAACGUGCAGAAAGAGCAGCUGUUCAGAGAGCUCAUGCUGAAGCGCGAGAAAGAGCAGCUGCAGGGGCAAGGGAGAAGGCCGAGAGAGCUGCCGCAGAAGCUAGAGAAAGGGCAAAUGCUGAAGCAAGGGAGAAGGAAGCAAGGGUUAGGGCAGAACGAGCUGCUGUUGAAAGGGCAGCUGCUGAGGCACGUGCAAGGGCAGCUGCCCAAGCUAAAGCUAAGCAGCAAGAGAAUAACAAUGAUCUUGACUCCUUCUUUAACUCGGUUUCCAGACCCAGCAGUGCUCCGCGACAGAGAACCAACCCUCCGGAUCCUUUCCAGGAUUCAUGGAACAAGGGAGGGUCUUUCGAAUCUAGCAGGGCAUCUUCGCGAGUGCCUUCUGGAGCAUCCGAGAACCUGAGGAAGACCUCUUCGGCUACAAACAUUGUUGAUGAUCUCAGUUCAAUAUUUGGAGCUUCAGCAACCCAGUCUGGUGGGUUUCAAGAUGUUGAAGGCGAAACUGAAGAGAGACGGCGUGCCCGGCUGGAACGCCACCAGAGGACACAGGAGCGAGCUGCGAAAGCACUUGCUGAGAAAAAUGAUCGGGAUCUUCAAGUACAAAGAGAACAAGCAGAGAGAAAUAGAAUCGGUGAGACUCUGGAUGCUGAGAUAAAACGUUGGGGUGCGGGGAAGGAGGGAAACUUGCGUGCCUUGCUUUCGACGUUACAAUAUGUUCUUUGGCCAGAGUGUGGCUGGCAGCCUGUUUCAUUGACCGAUUUAAUUACCGGUGCUUCUGUCAAGAAAUUUUACAGGAAGGCUACUCUCUGUAUACAUCCUGACAAAGUUCAGCAAAAGGGCGCUAAUCUCCAGCAGAAAUACAUUGCCGAGAAAGUGUUCGACAUGCUCAAGGUAAUGAGUUUACCAUUUUACACCAUUACUGCUACAAUAGCUGCCAUCAACAUCAACAUUAACAUAAUUUAUUAUUCAGUUAGAUUGCGUCUCGCACGGGUAACUAGAACCGCACUGUUUGUAGAUUCUUUCCACAUUUACAGGCUUCAUCCUUUUUUCCCCUCUUGGCAAUUAACAGGAAGCAUGGAACAAGUUCAACUCUGAAGAACUCUUUUGAAAAAAAAAACUGUGAUUAUAUUUUGUGAUUGUGUUGUUUCAUGAGUCCCCAGAAAGAUGAAGCAAGCAUGUGCGUUCAUUAAAAGGCACGUAAAUGGUGCCCAAGUUGGAGCAAGACGGUUGUCGAUAGCGUUUGUAUUCUCUCGGAUUACCCACCACUGCGUCUUUGUAGACAUUGCAGCAAUUGGGGCAGUCUUAUUUUUUUGUUGUUAAUUUUUUUUUCCUUCCUCUUGAUUCGCUUUUUUUUUUGAGUAUGAUGCAAAUGUACUGAUGUUGAUUUCCUGUAUCAAAACAUAAUACCUGAGAAAGUUGUAUUGUUGUUCCAAGCUUAAUUAUAUAAGCACAUUCUUUAAAAUGUUAUGGAGGC